CCGCGAUGACGCCGCGCUACGAGACGGUGGACGAGCUCCUGGCGGGCCGCGCCGCGCUGGUGACGGGCGCCACUGGCUUCCUGGGCAAGGUGCUGGUGGAGAAGCUGCUGCGCGACUCGCAAGUCGCCGUCGUCUACCUGCUGCUGCGGCCCAAGAGGGGCGUCGAAGUGGCACAGCGGCUGGAGCUGCUCCUGCAGUCCAAGCUGUUCGACCGGGUGCGCGCGCAGCAAGCGGACGUGGCGUCACGCGUGGUGGCCGUGAGGGGCGACGUGUCUCAGCCGGGCGCAGGCCUCAGCCCUGAGGACCGGGAGACCCUGCUGCGCCGGGUGCACGUGGUGUUCCACUGCGCCGCCAACGUGCGCUUCGACCAGAGACUCAAGGAGGCCGUCAACCUCAACACCGUGGGCACCAGGCGCAUCCUGGAGCUGUGCGAGGGCAUCCGCCAGUUGGAGGCCCUGGUACACGUGUCCACUGCCUACUGCCACUGCGACAAGCCGGAGCUGCAGGAGGUCACCUACCCCGCCGACCACGACCCGCACAAGGUCAUCGACCUGGUGUCCUGGCUGCCGGACCACAUCCUCGAGGACAUCAGCGCCAGACUCGUGGAUGGCCAGCCCAACACAUACGCCUAUUCCAAGAAUCUGAGUGAGCAACUGGUGACCGAAUGGAGCAGCAAAAUACCCACAGGAAUUGCGAGGCCGUCUAUUGUGACUGGCGUCUGGAAGGAGCCACUGCCCGGCUGGGUGGAGAACCUGAACGGGCCCACGGGGCUCAUGAUCGGUGCCGGCAAGGGAGUCAUCCGCUCCAUGCACUGCAACCCCGACUACUGCGGCGACUUCAUGCCUGUCGACGUCACGGCCAACGCCAUCAUCGCGCUGGCCUGGAAGGUGGCCAACACCAGGCCCACCACCCCGCUCGUCGUCAACGUGACGCUGUCCGGAGACAACCCUGUCACAUUCGGCACCAUCCUGGACGUGGGCCGCAAGCUGCUGUACGAGUACCCUCUGGAGUACCCGCUGUGGUACCCGGGUGGCAGCCUCAAGACUUCCCGCGUCGCGCACAACCUGUGUGUGUUCUUCUUCCACUUCAUCCCUGCCUACUUCAUAGACGCCCUCCUCAUGCUGAUGGGGCAGAAGCCUUUCAUGGUGCGCGUGCAGAGGCGCGUGCAAGGAGGACUGCAGAUGCUGCAGUACUACACCACCAAGGUGUUCGUGUUCCGCAACGACAACCUGCACGCGCUCAGCCAGAGCCUGGCGCCGCGCGACCGGCGCACCUUCUACACGGAUGUGAGCCGGCUGCAGUGGCCCGACUACAUGAAGCUGGUGCUGCUGGGCACACGCAGGUUCUGCCUCAAGGAGGACCCCGCCACGCUGCCCCGCGCACGCACGCACAUGCGCAGGAUGUACUGGCUCGACAAAGUGACAACAGUUUUGAUAGUGUUGUUCUUGUUCUGGCUGCUGUACCCGUGGGCGAAGAUGUUCUUACAAACGUUUGAUUGCUCGUCGGGUGAAUGAGGGAUGAGUUGUGCCAGUGUGGUUGUCCGUGCUAUAGACUUCAGAACUCACGAGUGUCCCUCACACACACGUGAGACCCACAGAAGUUGCGUCCAACACAUCAGCCAGAAUUCACCCCAAGCAGUCAUGCCCUUCCAGCGAGUUUUUUUAUUUUGUUUGGGUUGGCCACAAAUUUAACAAUGCUCUAACAGUUUUGUUUAUUUUUACUUAAAAAAAAGUGUAUAUCUAAAAAAAAUUAUUACAAACAAUAACUGCAACAUCCAGAAACCCAAAGGUGAAAGAGUCAUUGUAUGCAUUUGCCUUGGAAGUAUUACGGGUAAAGUAUAUUUUUUUAGUAACAAAACAAUGUAGUGACAUACUAAGGCAACAUAGCUGAUGUAAAUUAUAUAUUUUCUUAACAAAUUGUUGAUGAUAAUGUAGUACAUAUGUACGUACACAUGUGAAAUCUAUGCUUUUGAUUGUGAAGUUGCAAAAAAAAUAAAUAAAUAAACUACUUUAAUAACUA